AUGGCAAGGUCAAAUGCCGAUAUUAUUGCUCAAUGGAAUAAUAAGAAAGAAAAGGGGAGCAGAAGGCAAGUUGCAUUAGAAGAUAUCUUGGAAGUCUUCGGUUGUAUCCCGACUUUAAAAGUCUCUGGCAUCAAAUUGAAAGAAAUUGACUCUGAUUCGUUUACUAUUCAGUAUAGGUAUAAUGACGAUUUGGAACAUCCAAUGGACGUCUUGAUACCAAUUGAUAAUGAGAAAUAUGGUGAUGGUUCCGAUCCUGAAGAGAUGGAUGAAAUUUUAACAAACAUCGGUACCGACGCAACAAAGUCACGUGGAUUAUCUUCGUUUCAAAUCAAUGAAGUUAAAUGUCCCUCAUCUCUAGUGGAUUGGUUAAUCAUUUUGGGAGUCACUUUACCCACGUUAUGUUAUUUGUAUCGUCCAGUAUUGUAUUAUUUGUUUGAAUGUAUUCCGUCUUUUGGAUACUCAAAUAUUAAGGAAACAUUGGUAACGAUUUUAGAUGAUGAUUUUGUUAUAAUCAUGAUUAUUAUCUCGGAGUUUGUCAUUCAUUUUGUAGAGACUUGGUUCCUUUUAAGACCCAAAUUACUUUAUUAUAGAGUUCCUACAGAUUUUAUCCUUGAAUGGUAUUUCUUUGGUAUCUUAGAAGGAUAUGGUCCCGUGAAGAGAUUAGAACAACUAGCCCAGAAAUAUAAGAUAUCUAAGGACAAGAAGGAGUAA